CCCGACCGGCGACCUCGAUCCCCCACGACCAAACCAGCUAGGGUUUCUUCUCACUGGCGGCGUAGGUAGGAAAUCCUCCGGCGACAGGCGAGAUGUUCGGGCGCGCGGCGCCGAAGAAGAGCGACAGCACGCGCUACUACGAGAUCCUCGGCGUGCCCAAGGACGCGGCCCAGGACGACCUCAAGAAGGCCUACCGCAAGGCCGCCAUCAAGAACCACCCCGACAAGGGCGGCGACCCCGAGAAGUUCAAGGAGCUAGCUCAGGCAUAUGAGGUUCUGAGCGAUCCCGAGAAGCGGGAGAUCUAUGAUACGUAUGGUGAGGAUGCCCUCAAGGAGGGGAUGGGAGGUGGCGGAGGAAUGCAUGAUCCAUUUGACAUCUUCCAGUCAUUCUUCGGAGGUGGUGGUGGUGGUUUCCCAGGUGGUGGUAGCAGCAGAGGCAGGAGGCAGCGCAGGGGUGAGGAUGUGGUUCAUCCUCUCAAGGUUACCCUCGAGGAAUUGUACAAUGGCACAUCAAAGAAGCUUUCACUUUCGCGCAAUGUGCUCUGCUCAAAGUGCAAUGGCAAGGGCUCAAAGUCUGGGGCUUCGAUGAAGUGUUCUAGCUGCCAGGGAGCUGGCUACAAGAUGCAAAUACGCCAGUUGGGACCAGGAAUGAUUCAGCAAAUGCAGCAGCCUUGCAGUGAGUGCAGGGCAACUGGUGAGACCAUCAGUGACAAGGAUCGAUGCGGGCAGUGCAAGGGCGAUAAGGUUGUGACGGAGAAGAAGGUUUUGGAGGUGGUGGUCGAGAAGGGUAUGCAGCACAGUCAGAAGAUCACCUUCCCUGGCGAGGCUGAUGAAGCGCCUGAUACAGUCACCGGAGACAUAAUCUUCGUCCUACAGCAGAAGGAGCACCCCAAGUUUAAGCGGAAGGGUGACGACCUCUUCUACGAGCACACUCUGACCCUCACCGAAGCCCUGUGUGGCUUCCAGUAUGUUCUUACCCAUUUGGACGGCAGGCAGCUGCUCAUCAAGUCCAACCCCGGUGAAGUUGUCAAGCCUGAUUCAUUCAAGGCUAUCAACGACGAGGGGAUGCCCAUGUACCAGAGGCCAUUCAUGAAGGGCAAGCUCUACAUCCACUUCACAGUGGAUUUCCCCGACUCGUUGAACCCGGACCAGUGCAAGGCCCUUGAGACUAUCCUCCCACCCAAGCCCGUGUCGCAGUACACGGACAUGGAGCUAGACGAGUGCGAGGAGACUAUGGCAUACGACAUCGACAUUGAGGAGGAGAUGCGGAGGCGGCAGCAACAGCAGGCGCAGGAGGCCUAUGACGAGGAUGAGGACAUGCCUGGCGGUGGUGGUCAGCGCGUGCAGUGUGCCCAGCAGUAGGCAGAUCCGCAAAUGUUGUCUACACUUUGUUCCUGUGUUUUAAGUUUUCCAAGUUAGGUGUCUUACGAUGGAACCUUUGGUGCUAGUAUAUGAUAUUACUACUUCUUUACUAAACAGUUUUUAGGUCGUCCAUAAAAAUCAUCUACGUUCUCCA